AACGCUCGAAACUUCAGCCUUUAAAACUUUUUACGGUGGCCAAUUUACGUUAUAAACUCAGUUGAUAGCACUACUCUGUGAUACUCUCCCACCGACGCAGCGCCACAGUUUCUUUAGAAACUUACCCCUUUAUAUUUUAUCAUUUUCAAAGAAACCUUCUUGUCGUUAAAAAAUACAGAUUUCCAGGCGAAGAAAGCGGCUGAAUGGAGAGGAAAGUUACAUAUCUCUUUGGAAUCAUUGUCUUUGCCAUUUUUUCCCGGACGAGAGCCUCUUCACGAUCCUGUCAGCGAAAUAACGAUAGAUGGUUAGAAAACCCCAAACGAGUUUGCUACUGCAGCAGCAAUAAUUCAGUAACGUGUUUCAAACUAAACGAACCAGUAUGUAUGGAUAUGAAGGGAAUUUUACGAAGCUAUUCUGAAAUUUGGAUGAACAAUUCCUGUGUAACAUGUUCUUGUAGCAAUGGUAAUAUUAGCUGCACUUUAUAUAAUAUCAGUAUCGCAUAUGGAAUGUUUACUGUCAAGACAUCUUCGACUUGUGAACGAUGCAGCACUUCGUCCAUCACACAAAAGGCCCUUACCGCUUGUGAAGCCUAUCAGAGAGGGAAUUUGUUCAAGUGUAAAGAAGGAAACAUUUUUAUUCGUGAUACUCAUCGCUGCAAUGGAAUACAUGAAUGCCCAGAUGCAUCAGAUGAAACUGGCUGUGACAAUGUCCUUUGCAAAGACGAAGAAGGAGAUACGUACGUUAUAAAAAGUGAUAAAGGUUGGCAAGCGUCGAGUUGUCUUCUCUGCCAAUGCAGGAAAGGAAUGCUUGAGUGUCGAAAGAGAUUAGAAAUUAACUUUCCUGGCUACUUUACUGAUUUCUAUGUCCACGAAGAGAUUUGCACACAGCCUUCAUGCAAGAUUAAGAAGUUUUUAAGCAAAAAAGACGAAUGCAAAGGUGUUGAACUGAUAGAGAACGCUGGAAUAGCGUUCAAAGGUCAAAGUUGGCGACAUGGUAAUUGUUCCUUCUACUUCCCUGGGGUUAUCGGCACGCGAGAUGUAUGUCCACCAAUGAGCAGACCCAUCUGUUAUGUUUACAAUGGAAAAAUCUGCUGUGCUAAGCACUGUCCAGGUCUUCAAGAAAUUGCAAAUCACAUCAGAGGGAAUCCUACUCUAUGUCCCAAUGGUCGCCAGCUAACAUCAGCUGACAGUUUUUGUUCACGAAAUUUUGACCUCAAAAAUUGUUCAUCAGAUGUUACUUGUCGGGAUGAAGACUUAAACCAUUACUUUGAAGGCUCAACAUGGCGUGUCGGUGACUGUAUGAAGUGCGCGUGCAAUCAAGGGAAAAUUCAUUGCUUAAGGAAACUACGGCUGGUACUUUUUUCGAAAUUUGGAUACGAAGAUGUUCUAGAGUACAUAGAAACCGACAACUGCAACCAAAGAGAGUGCAAUGUGGCGGAAUUUAUGAAAAAGAAGCACAGAGUGUGCUCAGCUUGUUCCUGGAAUGGUAAGCUCUAUUACGAUGGUGAUCGCUGGAAAGAAAACGGCGUGGAUUUUUAUUGUAGCUCUGCAUCUGAAAAAGUGAGACCUGGAUGCUAUGUGGAAGCUGGUCUAGUUAACUGCACUGGUGCUAUAUCAGAAUUAAGGAAUCUGUCCUCAAUAUCUAAAGACAAGCUCUUCUUGUGUGCAAGUGGUGACAAGAUCAGACCGUUUGGUGACAGAUGCAAUAAAGAGGCUAAUUGUGAUGACCAAUCAGGCGAGUGGAAUUGUGAUCAUUGUUCUUUCAGCCAUAAAUGUUUCAGAGAUUCAUAUGUGACCAAUUUGACAUGGAAAAGUUGCGGAUGUGAGAAGAAAGCUUUAGCGGAGGUCUUACAGCACAAGAUGUCUAGUGCCAACGAAACCAAUUUUACAGCAGUUUUAAAAGAGGUGAUCCAGUUUGCAGAAGAAGGAAAUUACACAAACUCUAAAGUUUUCCAUGAUCACCUCAAAGACUUAUUCCACAGUGCAACAAAAUUAGUUACGCCACUCACCCAAGAAAAUGCUGAUUUAGCCCUCCAGUAUUGCCAGCUGAUUAUCAACGCUGUUUUAUACUCUCCUGUUUACGAUCAAGUUCCAGUAUUUUGUCGGCUUGUAAAGGGUUAUGAAAUUAGAAACAGACUGAUAAAGAAAGCACUUGAGUUUCUACGUCAGGCACCGCAAAAUACGACAGCGUAUCAGUUUGGAUCAAGAGAGCCAUUUCCUCUUCUUAAAGAGAAACCGAAACUUGAUAAUAUAGCGAGAUUAAAGUUUGACCCAUCCAUCCCAGUCAUCCGGAGACUGAGACCGGAUUUUAGGGUGAAAGUGUCACCAAUACUACCAGCUGGCACGAACGUUGAUAAUCCUGAUCAGAAAAUCGGUAACAUUAACAACAACACCAAACAAGAAAAUGCCGCGAGUUCAGAUACAUCAAACAUAACGAACAGGCGUGGGGGAUGA